GAGGGGCUGUAGUGGUCUCGGCUCCCAGGUGAGGGGCACGCGGGUUCCGCUUCUUCCCUGCGGGCGGUGAGCGCGUCAUCCUCCCUGCGUUCGGGGUCCGUUUCCUCAGUUCGGAGCCCGGUGGCGGCGAGCAUCUGGGGUGGGUACCACCGUGCCUGCGCGGGAGGUCGGAGGCGGCCCCGCCACACUCCCCAGCGCUCCGCGCCGCCGCCUUAGCUCCGGGGACAGCGUGUAACCGAAACAAAGGCGACGGCCAGGUAUAGCUUUACCGUCAUGGAUCGAUUUGGAGAUAUAUCAGAAGGUGAAGUGGACCACUCUUUCUUUGACAGUGAUUUUGAAGAUGCAAAGAAAUGUGAGAGUGAUUUAGUGUUUGACAAGCAAAAUGAUGACUUUAAGGGAAGAAUAGAUAAGGAAACCAAAAAUGUAAAUUUGAAAUUUGGAAUGCAGAAUAAUGACCAUAAAGAGAGACUAGAUAAUGACACAGAAAAUGUAAACUUGAAAUUUGGAAUACAAGCAAAGGAAAAUUACCUUACUGAGAAAGGAAAUGAAAGAAAAGCAAAAGUGUCUUCAAAGGAACACCCUGUAGAGAAUGACUCUACACGAACAAGAAGUUCUUCAUCAUUGACCACCUCUUCAAGAUCAAAAACAUCAUGUGACACUACAAAAGGACAUAAAAUACACUUGCCCAUUCCAAGUAUAAUUCCUAAAAUUGGAAAAGAAUGUGAGGAUGAUUAUUAUACAGAUGGAGAAGAAAGCAGCGAUGAUGGGAAAAAGCAUCAUGUGAGGUCCAAAUCAGCUAAACCAUCUAAUAACUUUAAAAAAGGCAUAAACAAAAAGUAUUCCAAAAUCAGUUCCUCCUCCUCUUUGUCUUCCUCAUCUUCACAUUCAGGUUCAGACUGCUCAGAUACAGGAUCUGAUAUCCGAAAGCCUGAUUCACGUUCAUCAUCAAGGAAACAUAUAUCUGGUGUAACCCUCUUAUCACCAAAACAGAAAUAUAAAUCAGGAGUACGAUCCACAAGCACACAACCUUCAAGUAGUAAACCAAAAACUGAUGACAACACUGAGGAAUCUGAAGAUACUGUAACAGAUGUAACUCCUCUGUCAACUCCAGACAUUAGCCCUGUCCAGUCUUUUGAACUGGGUCCAUCAAAUGACCAAAAAGUAAAAGUUAAAAGGCAAGAAAAUGUGAGUCGGGGUGUAUAUGAGGAUGCUGAAGUUUUAAAAUAUGAUUCAAAAUCUUUGAAAGCAUCCAAAAAAGGGAAAGAAAAGCAUGGGUUGCAUCUUGCUCCAAAAUCAGCCUUAGAUUCAAAUUUAGACCACAGAGCCAAACAAAAAGUCUUACACGAUACGAUGGACUUGAAUCAUCUUUUGAAAGCUUUUCUGCAGUUAGAUAAAAAGGGACCACAAAAACCUCACUUUGAUCAGCCUUCAGUAAUACCUAGGAAAAACUACUCUUUCACAAGAGAAGAAGUGAGACAGAUCGAUCGGGAAAAUCAGAGGCUUUUGAAAGAACUGUCAAGACAGGCUGAAAAACCAGGAAACAAAAGUGGGAUUCCUGGAAGAUCGAUUGGCCACCCCCCUAAAUUAUACCAUAGUGCUCUCAACAGACAGAGGGAACAGCAAAGGAUUGAAAGAGAAAAUUUGGCUUUGUUGAAAAGGCUUGAAACUGUGAAACCAACAGUUGGUAUGAAACGUUCUGAACAGCUGAUGGACUAUCAUCGAAAUAUGGGCUAUCUCAACCCAUCACCAUCUUCUAGACGAGUGAGAUCUACUCUUAGCCAGUACAGCUCACUAAGAGGAGCUUCCAGGACAUCCAGUGCAACCAGUGGCCUUAGUUGUAAGACUGAUAGAUCAGUUUUGGACACAUCCAGUGGCUUUUUGCUAAGACCAAAACCCCCGAAUGUUCGUACUGCUUGGUUAUAAAAUCUUUUUUUACUAUAUACAUUGUUCAUCCAAUUUUAACAGUGUGCUUUUAUGUAUUACUGGAACUCUUUACAAACAUCUGUAAUACUUUUUUUUUUAACAGUUUAUACAGCAGUCAGUAUAAUUUAUUGUUAUUCAGUGCAAAAUUGUUGUCAAAAAACACAAUGUAAAAACAGUGUUUCUUAUGAUGGCAUAUUUAUAUGAGCUAUAUUUGCUUUUAAUAGAGAAUUGGUAGUAUGCAUGAAUAUUUUUUCAAUAUAGAAAUUGACUCAGUUGUCAUACUGACAAAACAGGAGUAGUGAUAUCCCAUGUUGAACCCCAGAUGCUCACUGUAUGGUUCUCAUAUUAUUUUUGUUUAUUACAAGCUUUAAGCAGUGAGCUUCUGUAAGCUUGAGUGGCUCCUGUUUCUGUUUGCUUUUAGAACCUCUGUGGCAUGAGUCAUAACGUGAUUGUGUGAGUGUUACACUUAUAACACAAAUCUUGAAAUUUUUUUUCAUGGACAGAGCUGAUUUAGAUUUGUUGAGAAGAAUGAGAGCAACUUGUAUUGGUGCAAUACGUGCAAUUCCCCAGAGGUGCUUCUUGUAGGAGUUUGAUCUUAAAUUUUGAUUAUCCAUUCCAAAUCAUUUUGCACUGUGAAUAAUAGUUCAAUUUAGAAGCUCCUCUUUUGUGUUUUAUGCAUUCACAUGAAGUACUAUUAACGUUUCUGAGAAAAGAGGUAGGCUUUAGAGAUACAGUCUACUGCCUUGUGAUUAGUUUGUCUGCAGACUGGAUCAGUUUGCAUCUUAAGCAAACCAAGUAUUUGUAGAAUCAGUACAUAACAUUCCCCGUUUGAAGAGCCAAGAAGCAGGUCCCAAGAUGUGUUAGAACAGUGUUUAAACAAUCCUCUUGUGCUAUUAUUUUGUAUUUAUUUUACUGAGACGGUUUAGAAUAGGAAAGAAAUGCUUUGGUGAUACCACCUAGUAUUUACAGGAUUUGAGAAAGAAAAUUAAAGCGUGAACAAGAAGAAAACUGAGUCACACAUUGGUUGAGGCUACUGCUUUAAAUAUUAGUGAGUUUUCUUGAAUUGAUUUGGUUUAGCAUAUUUUGGUUUGGCUAAAUCCUAGAAGCAUCAUUUUUUCCAGUCUCGUAGUUAAAGGCCUAGUAAUCCUGAUGGAAUUAUAACUAACAGAUAGGUUGCAACAUAGUUGACUUUGGAAACUAGAAUAUUUUUCUGUCAACAUAUAGGCUAUUAUUUCAUAGAACAAAGUAUAUUUGAUAGUUACCACUGUUUUUCAUCACUGGUCUUUUCAGUAUGCCUUUAGGGUAUAUAAAAAAAAAUUUCAUAUUCAGUGACUAGUCUUUUUAAUAGGAAUUUUCUCUAGCCCCAGGAGAUUAGUUUUGGGUGCUCAGUCUCUGCAGCAUGUGGGCUAUACUUGUUCCCCUAGCACUAGUAAGACAAACUGCAUUUUACACACAUUAGUUCAUAAGUUGUUGGUCUUAGUUUGUUUUAAUAGAUUAAGUUUUAGAUAGAGCAGUGAAGCUUGGGAACAGUAGGGUUAAAAUAAUUGAUGGAGACAGGUAUAUAUACUACCCACACAGAACACACACACACGCACACACACGUUGAUGGGAAUACAGCUUAGCUCAGGGUUUUCUGCUCCUUUCUUUGGGCUGUAACAUUCUUUGACAAUAUAUUAUGCUUUGUUCUAGUAAACUUUUUAUAAUUGCUUUAUUAUAACCAUUAGCUAUAUAAACCAAGGUUUUACUUUGUCUUGGUUUUUAAUUUACUGCACUUUUAAUGUUUCCUUAACAACGAAAAUUAAAUUUAAAAUGCAGCAUUUUGGCCUUUGCCCAAUACUGAAUUAGUCGUUUUAAAAAUAGAUUUUUGUCUGAAGGAAAAAAUAUGUAUAUAUGUAAAACCUUUGCUUCCAGUGGCAUUUAUCCUAUAAGUACAUUUUAUUUGGUCUCUCCAAGUUUCAUUGAUAAAACUGUAUUUUGAUUUUAAAUUCUAAUUUAGUGCCUUAGUUUUUACUAUUUGAGAGGAGAAGUUUGUCUAAGUAUUACUAAUAACAGAUGACUAUAAGUAGAUGGUUAGGAGUUGGAAACUUAGUAGUCUCUAAUGUAAAUCAAGAUACUUUAACUUUAUGAUUUUAAGAGGCAUUUUUAGCAGAGGCAUCAAAAGUACAUUACUCUCUUCAGUUCACCAGCAUAAAAAUGUGAAAGCUUAGCACUGUCUUCCAUUUGGUUGACUUAUUCUAAAUAUACAUUCUUUGAAGAUUCACAUCUAUAACUCGAAAGCGUACUAACCUGAGGUCGAGUUAUUUGUCCAGAUUCUUAUUAGGAAUUAUUUUUAUUUCUGUCAAAUGAUAAACUAUUAUUGCCUCUUUCUAGAAGUUUUGUGAAAGAUUUUAAACUAUUAAAAUGAGGUCUUAAGGAGUAGCUAUAUCUCUUAUUUCCCCUACUUUUU